AUGCCUUCCAGCCAAACCCAAGUUGACACCGUAUCUACUCCACACGAUCACCCGACAGUCUCUGCUACUUCCCGAUCUCUGGGUGAUUCCCUCAUAGACCCCAUAUACAUCAGCGAUUCGGAGGACGGAGAUUCUCCUUCUUCGAACGUCAUAUAUAUCAGUAGCGAAUCUGAAGAUGAAGAUGGUCACCUUUCGCAGAAUGCGAUCACCGAUGAAGUUAAGCGCGACGAAGCUGAUCUUCGUAUGGACAUCCUGCAAUAUCAUUUGUGCCCAGUCUGCCUGGAGACAGCGUUUCAACCCUACAUCCUCGAAUGCGGGCACACUUUUUGUGUUCAUUGUCUCAACAAAUUGAAGAAGAUAUGCAAUAAGAAGCGCUCAUCGUUUCUGUGUCCAACCUGUCGUGCAAAGGUGAUGCACAAGCCCGUCCUAUGUUUCAACCUACAAGGUGCAGCAGAAGCUGUGACUGCUCAUCAGCAAGUUUUUCGUCCCGCUCCGAAAAAAUUACUUCAGUGGUCUAUCGAGGAAGCUUAG